AUAGCCUCUCCUGUUCCUGCUACCUGUUGGUUGGCUGUGAAUGCAGACCCUAGAGAUGAGGGCUCUGCUCCUGAUCAUUAGCUUCUGUCUGGUUGCUGUCCUGCAGGCCCAGGACUCUUCAUUCCUGGCUUUCAAUAAUGGGAAUUUUUCCGGAAAAUGGUUCCUGAAGGCCUUGGUGUCAGAAGACGACAUCCCAAUAAACAAGGUCUCUCCCAUGUUAAUCUUGGUGCUGAACAAUGGGGACAUAGAGCUUUCUAUCACACAUAUGAUCUAUGAUCAGUGUCUUGAAGUGACCACCAUCUUGGAGAAAACAGAUGUGCCUGGCCAGUACCUUGCCUUUGAGGGUAAGACCCACCUGCAGGUGCAGCUGUCUUCUGUGAAGGGCCACUACAUGCUCUACUGUGAUGGAGAGAUAGAGGGGAUGAGAUUCUUGAUGACACAGCUCAUAGGUAGGGACCCCCAGGAAAAUUUGGAGGCCUUGGAGGAAUUUAAGGUGUUCACACAGAUAAAGGGACUUGUAGCAGAGAACCUGGUCAUACUUGAGCAGAUGGAAAAAUGUGAACCAGAGAGUUUCUACGAGCUCCCAAGCCGCCCAAGUGAGUGAGUGCCGCCAGCAUGUCUGUCCCAUGGGAGGUGGAAAGAGUGGCCUGCUGGAUCCUCCGACUCCCCUUCUCUCUUUCCUCACCCCCCCCAGCUUCUCAAUAAAGAGCUUCAGCAGU